AUGACCAGUGAUGCGGACGGUCCGAAAUCUUUCAAAGACUUUAUCAUGGUUAUUCAACUAAUUCGUAUCCCUAUAUUUUAUGCGUCGAUCCCUCUCUCCAGACCGGAUAAGCAGAACUCCGAACUGACGGAGACCCAUCACCCCUCUAUUCUUUAUCUUUAUCUUAUUCUCUUUUUACUUGCCGGAAUUGUUACUCUAAAAUUGUUGCUGGUGGCUUGGGAUAAGUGUUUCAAACCUGUGAAGUUUACAAAGUGUCGCAGGGAUUUAUUGAUUGGAUAUGGAGGAAUGAUAGCAUGUGGGAUAAUACCUCAAGUGUUGAAAGUGAUUCUGAUGGAGAAAUGGAAAGAACUGUUUCUCUUCUCCGUCUACAGCUUUGUCUGCAACACCCUCUUUCUUUUUUUAUUCGUUGUGAAGCAUCACGACAAGUAUGGCACUUCAAAAAAGGAGUCAAAAAAGAUAUGGGCUGGAAUCCUUCGAACCAUAAUGAUGCUACUACAAAUUGCUAUCACGGUAAUACCAAACUCCAACCAAUCCGCUCGGAAGGAUACCGUACAACCUCCACAAGAAUCACAAGUCUUGGUUACUGUACCUACAGUACCCAGGGUAGAGGAGCAAGAAGAGACAACAGAUGGCGGAAACUCCACCAGCGGCACCAAAUGCAACAUCUGCACCCUUCCUUACACCACCACUACAGUAAUCCCCAGAAUGCUAGUCGGAUGUGGACAUACAGUAUGCGAGGAGUGUAUCCAGAAGAUUCCAAGACAAGAUAUCCAAUGUGUACUCUGUCCGUUUUGCAGGAAACCAACCAGUUUGCCGGAUAACCUUCCCAACCGUCUACCUAAGAACUAUGCCAUCCUGGAUAUCAUUCAUAAUUUGGAGAAAUAA